CACUACACAGUCUUGGGAGUGCCAACCUCGGCAACGCAGAAGGAGAUAAAGAGCGCAUUUUACAAGCAAAGCAUGCAGUGGCACCCUGAUCGCAACCAAGGCUCGGACGAAGCACACAAGAAGUUCCUAAAGAUCAACGAGGCAUACUCAGUGCUGGGUACCGAGCAAAGCCGCACCGCCUACGAC